CACAUCAUACCUGGGUAUGUAGGUAGGGUAGUCAUAUGAGCCCGAAGUUCGACCGCGAGGCGAAUCCUAGGGGCUCUCGCUUUUAGUCAUCCAUGCCCCGCCCCAUGCCGCUUACCUACCUGAGCUUAUUUCUACCCCCAACUUGCCCAAUGAGUCUGAGUCUAUCAUUACCUGGUCUGUCUCUGCAGCGAUUUCUCAAACGCAGUUACCCUGUCCUCUAAGCUGACACCACUUGUUUCCUUUCAUUCCUUGAUUCUUGACAUCAUGGCUGACACUGGGAAGAAGGAAGGGACUGUGCCGCUCCAAAUCCAACACUUGGAUGCUCCAUGCCACACUUACUACAAAAUCAUUGGCGAUUUAUCGAGCAAAUCGCCUCGACUGGUCAUCCUUCACGGUGGUCCUGGCACUGGCCAUGAGUAUCUUCUUCCAUUUGGCUGUCUGUGGGAACAGUUCGGUAUUCCAGUGGUGUUCUACGACCAGAUCGGCUGUGCCGCAUCGACUCAUCUUCCUGAAACUACUGGUGAUGAGUCUUUCUGGCAAGAGAGCCUUUUCAUCGCGGAGCUGAACAAUCUGCUUGAUGCUCUUCAACUCCGCGAUGGACCAGGAUACCACAUCCUAGGGCAUUCCUGGGGUGGCAGGAUCGCAGCCGCGUUCGCAGCCACCCAGCCCCAAGGAUUGAAACGACUGGUCCUUGCGAGCGGCAUAGCCAGUACUCGAAGCUGGGUGGAAGGUAUGGAUACCAUUCGCAAACAAUUGCCGCUUGAUGCGCAAUCCACGAUCGAUGAAGAGGAGAAGAAUGGGAAUUUUGAUAGUCCCCGCUUUAGGGAUGCGAUGAACGUGUUUUUUUGCAAUUACUUCUGCCGUGCGGAGCCCUUCCCACCCAGGGAGCUUUUACCAGCCUUUAAGAAUAUGAGUGAAGACAAGACUGUUCGAAACUCAAUAGCGGGACCGUCACCACUGAAUUGCACGGGAUCCUUUAGAGACUGGACCUGCAUCCCGCGCCUACACCAAAUCAAUGUGCCAACGCUUGUCUAUAACGGCGAAUUUGACACUUCCCAUGAUAUAACCACCACACCUUUUUUUGAAAACAUACCCCGCGUACGAUGGAUCACUUUUCCAGAUGCCGGACAUAUGUGUCAUCUGGAGCGACCAGAGAUCAGAGAGAAAGUUUUUAGACUUGUUGGAGGAUUCUUGACGCAGGACAACUGAAAACCUCUGGUUCGCUUGAAAUAGCGCUCCGGUUUAUUUCCAUCGUUGUUAUCUCUGGAGGAGAAUCAACAACACAUCAAAUUCUCAAAAAUUACUCGGUAUUGUCAAAUGAUCUCUGCUUUGCUUGUAAAUACUCAAAUCAAUUGUACAUGUGCUUGACCAUUCAACCAGAAAGAAACUGUAAAGAUUUCAAGACUUCCAUAAGGAGCCGGGGGAAGAAAA